UUUAUUUGUAGACAAUGGGUUCUGGGCCUUGAGGAUACAAGCAAACGGUGUUUUGGCAGGCCCAGAAUCAUCACAUCCUCUCGGCAAUGCCCCAACUUCCGAGCUCGGAGAUUGCCUCACCUGUCAACGGCAGAAGCAAUGUUCAGAGCUUUGGAACUACCGCCACCGUGCCCGGCGGCGAAGCUUAAUCUGGUUCACGCGCUGCCAAGUGACGUUAAAUUCUGCCGACUACCUUACAGUCUCGGCCUACCUAAUCGUCGACUUUCUUUGCUUUUGAUACGAGCACAAUCGCUCUCAGAUCCAUCGACUUCCUCACGUUAUACGGAAACUAUUGGCCAUUCCUCUCCAGCAUUUCUUCAAUUCUCUCAGUGCACGCUAACUCAAAGCCACAUCCCUGUUCUUAAUGUCGUUGCCUGCGCCACGGCUAUUUCUGCAACCUGGCUCUUUUGUUCUGCGAUCCCCACUCUCCUGGCAUUCAAGAGAGCAGCCGAAUCAUUAGAGAAGCUCAUGGAUGUCACAAGGGAGGAACUUCCAGGCACUAUGGCAGCCAUUCGGUUAUCUGGCAUGGAAAUUAGUGAUUUGACCAUGGAGCUCAAUGAUCUUGGCCAGGAUAUCACACAAGGUGUGAGAAGUUCCACUAGAGCUGUUCGAGUAGCUGAAGAUAGAUUGCGUCGCUUGACAAACAUGACUCCAACAGCCUCAGUGCAGGAAAUGACAGUAACCAAUCUGGGAGUGGAGACAGCAGAGCCGGUUCUGGCUAAAAGGGCAAGAGACAUUAAGGAGGGGAUUGUGAAAGGACGUUCCAUCUUCCAAUUGUUUCUUUCCCUUACAAGAUUCUCUCGGUUGGCUUUGAAUUAUUUUAGCAAACGAGGUAAGAAGUAGAGUACAAAGUUCAAGAUAUCAAUGGGUCCGAAACUAAAUCGUGAUCACUGUAAUUAAUUUCCUUUCCUUCUGAGUUAACAAGUUUAUGAUUUUCCUUUAAGAAUUAUUCUCAAGGUUUUACCCUUGUGAUGCAUCGAGUGUCUUAAAAUUGACUGACCAUCUUCAAAUUGGAGGGAAGUUGCUUUCAAGUUUCCAUUUUU